UUCCAGUAACCCUGAGUCGUGAUUGAAAUUCUAGCCAUUGGAUCGCCGCCGCGCAGUCACCAGACCUUCCUGUCGCCUUGGUCAUUCCGCGCCGCGGCCGCCUAGUGUCUUGUCUCUGCGGCAGCAGACCAGGUAUCGACCAGGUGAUGAGGGAUGCCGCCUAUGCCACCCGUGCUGCCCUCUCUAGGAGGCCUAAUCAGCGGCUCGGGCCUGCUGGGUCUAGGGCUCAUUCCUCUCUUCGUCAUGGGCCUCACAUUUUUUCGGUACAGUGCUGUGGACCCGGAAUCCCGACCCAUCGACACUAAACAGGUGAUGGCAGAGUACGACUUCAUAGUUGUGGGGGCAGGCUCUGCAGGAGCCGUGGUGGCCAAUCGCCUCUCGGAGGUUCGCAACUGGACAGUACUGCUGGUGGAGGCGGGCGGCGACGAGACCGAGAUCUCCGACGUACCUUCUCUGGCCGGGUACCUCCAACUGACGAACCUGGACUGGCAGUACCGCACCUCUCCACCACCUCCCGACAGUGCUUACUGCCUCGCUAUGAACGGGGACCGUUGCUUCUGGCCGAGGGGCAAGGUGUUGGGGGGAAGCAGUGUGCUAAACGCCAUGAUCUAUGUGCGGGGCAAUCGAUUGGAUUACGACCAUUGGGAAGCUCUUGGUAACACUGGAUGGGGCUACGACAGCGUGCUACCCUACUUCAAGAAGUCGGAGGACAACAGGAACCCGUACUUGACGAAGACGCCGUACCACAGCCGCGGGGGGUAUUUGACCGUCCAAGAGUCACCUUGGCGAUCCCCUCUAGCGGUAGCUUUCGUCAAGGCAGGUGAAGAAUUAGGAUACUUGAACAGAGAUAUAAAUGGGGAACAACAAACAGGAUUUAUGAUCGCCCAGGGGACGAUAAGGAGAGGAUCCCGGUGCAGUACGUCCAAAGCGUUUCUUAGGCCGAUACGCCUCAGGAAGAACUUGCACAUAUCGAUGCAUAGUCAAGUCGUAAAACUCAUCUUCGACUCGGAGCAAUCCGAAGAGCCGGCCGUUAAGGGAGUGAAGUUCUUACGAGAGGGGAGGAUGCACAUGGUACGAGCGAAGAAAGAGGUGAUACUGUCUUCGGGUGCCAUAGGCACUCCGCAAAUCCUCAUGUUGUCUGGAAUAGGACCCGCGGAAGAUCUGAAGCAGCAUGACAUUCCGUUAAUAAAAGACCUAAAAGUGGGCCAUCAUUUACAAGAUCACGUGGGUCUGGGUGGACUGACGUUCCUCGUCGACGAUCCAGUAACCUUCAAGAAGUCCAGGUAUCAGACUUUGUCAGUUGCUCUAGACUACAUAAUCAACGAACGAGGGCCUAUGACCUCUUUAGGCGGUGUGGAGGGAUUGGCCUUUGUUAACACUAAGUAUGCGAACUCCUCGGGCCUCUGGCCGGACAUACAAUUUCACUUCGCGCCGAGCUCAGUCAAUUCGGACGGCGGCGAGCAGAUCAGGAGAAUUCUGAACCUCAGGGAUAGAGUUUACAACACUAUGUAUAAACCUUUGGUGGAAUCUGAGACGUGGACUAUUCUACCACUCUUGUUACGCCCCAAAAGCAGUGGCUAUGUCAAGUUGAAAAGCAGAAACCCCAUGAUCCACCCGACGAUAGAACCCAACUACUUCACUCACCGAGAAGACGUAGAUACUUUGAUAGAAGGUAUCCGCAUCGCUCUCAACGUCUCUGCCACCAAAGCCUUCCAGAAGUUCGGCUCCCGCCCGCUCCUCACGAAGAUGCCGGGCUGUCGCAAGCAUCCCUUUAACUCCGACGAGUACUGGGAGUGUGCCCUGAGGCACUUCACCUUCACCAUCUAUCAUCCAACAGGCACUUGUAAGAUGGGAGUCGACGCUGACGCCGUGGUGGACCCGCGCCUCAGGGUACACGGAGUGAAGAAUCUCAGAGUUAUAGAUGCUAGCAUUAUGCCGGAGAUUAUCAGUGGAAACCCUAACGCGCCCACCAUUAUGAUAGGGGAGAAAGGGGCGGACAUGAUAAAGGAGGACUGGGGUUUCUUGUAACCCGGUUUACCGAUUGAUAACGUUUCCAAAGACAAUGUGUACAAAACCUGAGUAAAUUAUACGAACUUAAAAGUGGGCGAAAUCAAAUUAGUACAUCUAGUUAUCCCGGUGAAAUAAACUGGUGUAAACGAUCCCAUUACAAUCUUUGGUGAAAUUAAUUGUGUAGAAUCCUUGUACUGUCAAACCCUCUUUAUUAUAGACAAAAAAGGGAAUUUGAGAAACUAAAUAUAUAUAUGAGGGAAAUCAACAAAACUUUGAGAUUGACUUUCAGAAUGUUAUAUUUGUUUGAUUACAUGAAAAAAUCAAAUCGAAUAUAUUAAACAUUAAGAAUAAUUCUCCAGCUUUUAAAUACAAAAGAAAACAAGUCCUUUAACGCAUUAAACAAUGGUACUUACUUACACCCCUCCAAAACACAAUGGCAUUGGAAAUGUGUAAUGUAAGCAAUGCACGAAACUAGUAUGCUGAGUAUGUUAAAGAAUGAUGAGUAAUGUUUGAGGGUUUUAAAAAGGUUACAGGCUAGAUAAUUACACUCAAUAAAAAUUCAAAUUAUAUAACAUACGUUGAUUAGUAAACGUUUCUGCGAUCAACACGUCCGCGUUCAGCAGACACAUUACGUGGUUACUUCAUACUUUUAUUAUUAUCCUAGAAUACAUAGGUAUAUAAUAUUUUCCUCUGAGGCUGAUUUUGCAACAGCAUUAAGUGCGUUUCAAGUAGUAUUUGAAAUAGAACCACAGUUAGCAAUUGACAAGACUCAACUAAAAACCUAGGAUUUAACAAUGUUACAAAUAAAAGAUGUAAACACACAGGUUGGAAGUUGUUACUGUAUUAUUGUAUAUAUAAAAAUAUGCAGUUAUAUUUCCCAGAUAACAAUGGGGUCGGUAAAUUAUCUGUGAACUUAUGUGGAAGCAGUUAAAAUUUGCUCAAGGAUUUUGUCAUUUGCUCACCCUGUAGACUGUUUUUAUAGUGCCUUUUUGUAAUACAGUUUUAUAUUAGAUAUUCAGAAUAUUUAUUGGUUUAUUAUAAAAUAAAAAAUGUACAUAUUUA